GUUGUCGAUGGAAAACAAACACUGGAUGUCCACUGUUUUUUAUAACGUAGUGUGUGAGUGACCCCCACAUGAAUAAGCCAUGUCUUAAUAGACGACAACAACAAUAACAAUAACAACACAAUGUUUGCCACUUAUUGUCCGCCAUUUGUAUCAUAAAAGAAAUGAAGACCAAUGAAGACCUGAAGGCAGACAACAAAUCAGUGGCCGAAACAAUGAUUCAAAUAGUCGAAGGAUGUCGAGUGCCAACCAAAAUGAGAUACUCGGAUGACUGGCCGUUGGCCGAAAUCUUGAGUAUCCGCGAGACUCCUAAUGGAGACACAAUGUAUUACAUUCAUUAUAUUGAUUAUAACAAACGUCUGGACGAAUGGGUUUCAAAAGAACGACUGGAUCUACAGAAACUACAAUUACCGCGAAAAGAGUCCAAAAGCGUCAACAAUCUGAAGAACGGUUCGCGUCCGUCGUCGCCGGAAAGAGAGAUUCCGACACCAGACAUUGACGCCACACAUCACGACUACGCUCUUCAAAGUCAACCCGAAAUCAAUUCUGUUGUCAAACACGAGUUGUUGCCGCCACUCGAGAAUGGCAACACUGGCAACGUCGCCGCCGCCACCGCAGCCCUUUCACCAGUGGCCAUACCGCUUAGUGUACCGAAAAAGAUUCCGCCGUCUGGCCGAAAAAGAAAGCACGGUUCAAUGUCGACACCGUCGGCGCCCAUCAACGACGAUCAUCACGAUCACGAUUCGCAAGAUUCGAUGGCACCGCAAUUGGCUGCCGGCGCCAGCGGUGCUGUAGUAGCUCCGCGAACCAGCGGUAGUCUAACCGUUCACCACAGCGACGACAUUGUUACCAGAAUCAAGAACCUCGAGAUGUUAGAGCUGGGCCGACACCGUAUAAAACCGUGGUAUUUCUCUCCCUAUCCCAUAGAACUGGUAUCACUUCCCUGUAUAUAUCUGUGCGAGUUUUGUCUGAAAUAUAUGAAAUCGCGUAAAUGUCUUCAAAGGCACAGCGAUAAGUGUGUGUUAAGACAUCCGCCGGGAAACGAAAUCUACAGAAAGCAAUCGGUAUCGUUCUUUGAAAUUGACGGCCGAAAGAACAAGUUUUAUGCCCAGAAUCUGUGCCUUUUGGCCAAAUGUUUUCUCGAUCACAAAACUCUAUACUACGAUACGGAUCCGUUUCUGUUUUACAUAAUGACUGAGAUCGAUGUCCGCGGUUUUCAUAUUGUCGGCUACUUUUCAAAAGAAAAAGAGUCAUCCGAAGACUAUAAUGUUGCCUGUAUUCUGACAUUACCUCCCUAUCAGCGCAAAGGUUUCGGUAAAAUGUUGAUCGAGUUUAGCUAUGAAUUGUCGAAAUUUGAAGGCAAAACUGGUAGUCCUGAGAAACCGUUAAGUGAUUUGGGAUUACUAUCCUAUCGAAGCUAUUGGUCGGAAACCAUUUUAGACAUAUUAGUUAACUUAAAAAUUGUCGAACCAAAUGAAAACCCGAUGAUGACUAUCAAUGAAUUAUCAGAGUUGACGUCCAUCAAGAAAGAGGACGUCAUAUCAACGCUUCAGUAUUUGAAUCUAAUUAACUACUAUAAGGGUCAGUAUAUCAUAACCUUAACAAAAGAUGUGCUCAGUGUCUAUGAAAGGGCGGCCGCUAAACGAAAGCUGCGGAUCGACCCGAAGUGUCUGCACUGGACACCAAAAGAUUGGUCAAAACGGGGCAAAUGGUGAACACAUACACCAAUCAUUUGUUGUUAAAGAAAAAUUAUCGAUGAAUUAAAUUAAUUUUCAAUUUUUUAGUUAUUUAACAAAUUUUCACAUUUUUUUUUGUUUCCCAUCACAUCUAUACACAUCUAUUAUAUAUAUCUUAUA